GGGCUACGAGAUAGUCGAGAAGAUCGAGAACGUCGAGAAGGGCGCCGGCGACAAGCCCGCCAAGACGGUCAAGAUCAAGAAGAGUGGCGAGUUGGAAGUACCAGACGAAGGCCGCCGAUUCGACGCUCGAUGCAGACUCCCUGUCUGACAGUCUCGACAAGCUUACCGGCAGCUCCUCGAGUCUUACUAGCGGACUCUCUACUCUCCGGAUGGUUUGAAGGAGAAGAGCCUUGCGUAGAUAGUCUUGGACCUUUAGACAAAAUCAAGAGUUAUAUAUACAUUGGGUCGAGCCAUUUACAUAAGUACACCUCACUGCCGGUUCUCGGACUGCGUGGUUACGCAACCAACUUUACACCAUAUUACUACACUCGCUGUUUUUACCACGUGAGAGGCACUACUUAAUGGAACCAUUUCGAAUGUGUCACAAUGAUCUAAACCGUUCACACACAUAAACAAUGUUGGAGAGAAGGUAUACCAUUGUAUCGGUAGUCUAUAUAUACUACAAUUAU